AUGAGAUCGGAUUUCGACCAGUUAGUCCCAGCCACCUUAGCAGCUUUAAAAGCCUGCCAGACUGCACCAAUGUACCAGCAAAUGGAGUUAGAAGUCAUCACAAAGCUUGCUACAACAAAGCACAUCUCCGAUGCACCAAAUAGUCGCAAAAACCAACAAGCAGUAACGAAAUUCCUUGCCAAGAACGAUCUGAGGCUCUUAGUAUCGGACAAGGACAAAAGAUUUGUUUUGUGCAGAGAAAAUGACUUCAUCGCUAGAGCCAAUGAGUUUCUGUUACAAUCAUGCUCUGUGGAGAUAAACAGCGACCCAACAACAGCAGUACUGCGAAGAGCAAAGAAAAUCAUAGCACUUCCAGGAAUAGCCUUAACACUACCAGGACGCCUCGAUCCUCCAUCCAAUGUUGCAUGCCCUAGGCUAUUUUUCCAGCCAAAAACGCAUAAAGAGAACUGGCCACUACGACCAUUAGUAAACAAAAGGUCACAUCCCACUUACCACCUAGAAAAAGCCCUUGCAAAGUUUCUACGAGAGCUACUUCCGGAAUCACCGCAUGUCACUCCUUCCUCUAUGGAUGCCAAAACAAUCAUUAGUUCCAACAUGGCAAAAGCACAUGGCAAUAGCAGCAUGUUCUACAAAAUGGACGUGAUAUCCCUGUACCCAUCCGUUCCUGUAUUUGAAGCUGUAAUGCUAGCCAACGCUAUGCUCCUCGAAAAAGGUUUUACGGUUCAACAAGUGCUAGACAUUCGUGAAGCGUUGAUCUUUAUCACUGAAAACAACUAUUUCCGCUUCAACCAGAAAAUAUAUUUACAGAAGCAAGGAGUCCCCAUGGGCUCUCCUCUCUCAGCAGUAUUAGCCGAGCUCAUUAUGAGGGACGUGGAACAAAAAAUUUUCAAAGUUCCGCUUGCUAUGUGCUACCCAUCACUAUACUUGCGCUAUGUAGAUGACAUUCUACUAAUAUGGGAAAAUUCAGAAGAGGAGUUUAUCCAAUUUAUGCAGCAACUUUCAAGCGUGCAUUCCACCAUCAAUUUCACAUGGGAAAAGGAGCAAGAUCGAUCUAUAACAUUUUUGGAUAUGCGGAUACAGAAAUCAAUAGAAGGGCCGCAGUUUACGGUGCAUCAUAAGUCCAACAUAGUCCCCUAUAUCAUUCCAGCUGAUGCAUUUCAACCAUCGCGGUAUGUCAAUUCCGCCAUAGCGGCUCUCAUCAGAAGAGCGAUGCUACUUCCCUCAUCGCAAGCUCUAAUAAAAGUCGAACUGGAAAUCGUAAGAACGGCAGUACAUCACGCUGGAUUCACAAGUGCCAAAUUUACGCAUGUACUACGUAGGGUAAAAGAUUCCCUUUUCCCGUUUACCACACUACAUAGCAAAAAAGAAAUGUCUAGAGUACAAUCAGCACUGCCGUACCUAGGAGCACCGUCCAUACUUAUUAGCCGUAUUUUCCGGCGAUACAGCUUUACUCUUCCUUUAACUACCCUACCCAACCUACGCAGGAGUAUAUGCAAUGAUCGGGAUAAAGUCGACGUUUUAGAAAAAUCGGGAAUAUACGCAGUGCAACUGGAAAAUCCAAUAACGGGGACAAUUGAGAAGUAUAUAGGGGCAACGACAAGAAUGCUCGCUUGCCGUAUCGCGGAACAUCAAGAUGAUAUAAACAAAGGAAGACAGACCACAGAGCUCGCCAGAAAAGUUCUACAGCAGGGCUAUAACCCGUUAUGGUCAAAAACAGCGUUGCUCAGGAGCUGUAACAACAGAAGAAUUACAUUUAUUUGGGAAGCGCUCCUUACAAUGACCACAGACGCAUGCAACGUCCCCACACUCGACUUGCCCGAAAUAUGGGUUACUUUAUACCAGCGUUUAAAUAGCAAAAAGCGCCAAGAGUCGCACAAUUAG